AUGGCCAGCACGGAUGCCCCGACGCCUGUGCAGGCACCUGUGUGCUCGAUCGUGAAGGAAGCGCCUGCUCCUGCUACCGCAGAAUCGAAGCCUGUGGACUCACCCGCUUGCUCGAUCGUGAAGGAAACGCCGGCUCCUGCCACCGGCUCGACGCCCAAGAAGAAGAUCUGCUGCGCCUGCCCCGACACCAAGAGGCUGAGGGACGAGUGCAUCGUCGAGUACGGAGAGUCCGCGUGCACCAAGUGGAUCGAAGCUCACAAGAUAUGCCUCCGGGCUGAGGGGUUCAAGGUCUGAUUCUUC